AUGGGUGUGCGAAGGAGGAUGUGGAGGAUGGGUGAGAGUGGUUUUGGAUUUGGGUUGCAGGGAGGGACAAUGGAUGGGGAAAAUGAUGAAGGGGAUGAGGUUUCGGCGGACAGCCGGGGCGGUGGAGGGUGGGGUUGGGCUCGGGUGGGGGGGGGAGAUGAGGAGGAGGUGGAGGAUGGGUGCACGGUUGGGCUCAAGUGGGGGGAUGGGAAGAUGGGUGUGCGAAUGAGGAUGUGGAGGAUGGGUGGGAGUGGUUUUGGAUUUGGGUUGCAGGGAGGGACAAUGGAUGGAGAAGAUGAUGAAGGGGAUGGGGUUUCGGCGGGCGGUCGUGGGGUGGAGGGUGGGGUGAUGGGAUCUAGGUUUUCUAAUUCUUUUUUUCUGGGUUGCAAGUUGGGCUCGGGAGAUGGGAAGAUUGGUGCGCGGAGGAGGUGGAGGAUGGGUGCAGAGGAGGAUGUGGAGGAUGGGUGGGAAUGGUUUUGGAUUUGGAUUGUAGGGAGGGAUGACGGAUGGGGAAGAUGA